ACGAACGCCUUCCUACUCAUCGCCGGGCUUGACUCAGCAGCCGCGCGGUUAAGACAGAUGGAUCGAUCGUGUGGCGUCUCCUCGUGUGCGUUUUGGGGGGAUCCGAGAUCUCCCGAGACAAGGCACCAGCCCCCGCCUCCUCCAUCCCCGAGCCUUUUUGUUCGCACCUGGAUUAUACUACUACUCCGCCACCUGGAUCUCCGGUCCUCGGAAAGGGGUUCGAUGAUCACCACAGAUUUACCGCAGCUAUAUCUUCUCCUUCUUCUUGGGCGGUGUUUCGAGGAUCCCACACAUCGUCGUGUUUUCAGGAACGCCUCUCUGGUGAUCUAGUGAUCUAGUCUAGUCUCCUUCCGAACCACCCGAGGUUCCUGUAUACUACAAAUUAGAAAACGCCGCGAUUGUCCAAUACGCACGCCAUUUCCCUUUUGUCAUGUGCUGCCUGCCUGCCUGCCUGCCCAUCAUGAAUCUUCCCAGCAGCACUUGCUUUGGCGUUAUUCCCAGAUUUCAGUUUGCCUUUGCAAAAUGAGACGGUGCUGAAAAGCAAAAAGGAAAACGUUUUUUUUGUGUUCUCCGAUAAAUAACGCUCAAUUCCUGGUUGUCCUGGAGAUGGUGAGAGCUCGAUCGAUGCUUAUCCUCCUCCAGCUACCCCACAUAAGACAACGCAGUCUACAGAGAAACUGACAGGAAACGAACCAACGAAAACAAUACUCCUAUCCUACUAGCAGCAGGAAAACAAGAAGAAGAAGAAGAAGAAGGGCUCCUCGGAGAAUCUUUUGUUUCUUUUUCCCCGUGCGUCUUCCUCGAUUGAUUGGCUUCGGUUCGGGAGAGGAGUUGUGGUUGGUGAAGAGCUCGGGAUCAGUUGGCGACUUCCCACGGAGUUCCAGGUUCUUGGAGGCAGGGGAACAUGAGCAGCUUUGCCAAGCUGGCCAAGAGGGCCGUCGAGACGGAGGCGCCCGUCAUGGUCAAGAUGCAAAAGCUUCUUGGAGGGCUCAAGGAUGUGAUGUCGCUUGCGCAGGGAAUUGUUUAUUGGCAACCUCCUGAGGAAGCCCUGAAUAAGGUAAAAGAAAUUGUAUGGGAACCAUCAACCAGCAAAUAUGGCUCUGAUGAUGGCCUUCCCGAACUUCGAGAAGCACUUCUCGAGAAGCUUCACCGAGAGAAUAAGCUAACCAAGUCAUCAGUUAUGGUGACUGCUGGUGCAAAUCAGGCCUUUGUAAACCUAGUUCUCACCCUUUGCGAUGCUGGGGAUUCUGUUGUCAUGUUUGCACCAUACUACUUCAACGCCUACAUGUCAUUCCAGAUGACUGGUGUCACUGACAUAUUAGUUGGUGCUUGCAAUUCCACGACUCUCCAUCCUGAUGUUGAUUGGCUGGAGAAAGUUCUGAAAGGAAACGGCCCUAUCCCUAAACUGGUUACUGUUGUAAAUCCGGGAAACCCCUCUGGAGCUUUUAUUCCCAAGCCUAUGCUCCAGAGAAUUUCAGACCUGUGCAGAAAUGCUGGUUCAUGGCUUGUGGUUGACAAUACCUAUGAAUACUUUAUGUAUGAUGGAAUGGAGCACUAUUGCUUAGAGGAUGCUCACAUUGUCAACAUUUUCUCAUUCUCAAAGGCUUAUGGAAUGAUGGGAUGGCGUGUAGGAUAUAUUGCGUAUCCGAGUGAAGUCAAUGGUUUCCAUGCACAGCUCCUUAAAGUGCAAGAUAACAUACCUAUCUGUGCUUCCAUCAUCGGGCAGCGACUGGCGCUCCACGCAUUAGAGGCCGGCCCAGAGUGGAUCAGGGAAAGGGUGAAAGAUCUAGUGAAAAACCGCGAGUUGCUUGUGGAGGCAAUGUCUCCACUUGGUGAGGAUGCUGUCAGGGGUGGGGAGGGUGCCAUUUACCUCUGGGCUAAACUACCAGACACUUGUUCAGACGACUUUGAAGCUGUCAGUUGGCUCGCAAGUAAGCACGGGGUCGCUGUGAUCCCCGGGAGCGCCUGCGGAAGUCCUGGAUUCAUCCGUAUUUCAUUCGGCGGAUUGAAGGAGGCAGACACGAGACUCGCUGCGGAGAGGCUAAGGCGGGGUUUGCAAGAACUGGUGACUGAUGGAAUGGUACAGUAACAGCCCAUCGGAUGCAAGAAUACAUCCUACAUUCAAAUCACACUAGUCUGAUUUUUCAACGAUAUAACUCUUGCUGGUAUUAGUUCAGGAGAGCAGAAAGACCACAUCUCCCAAGUUUAUAUACACCUACAGAAUCCUCCCAAUGGAAAUGGCAAUUGGUGAACUGAGAAUUGGGGCAAAAUAAAAUGCCAUCCAGCCCCAUGUCAUAAUUCCUCGUUCAGUACUUCC